GGAUGGAGGUGAUUACCCACCGCUAGCAGAGGGAAGAGGGCUGAGCCUUGAAGCUGCUGGGGGAACUUGAAGAGAGCAGGGGGAGGAGGAGGAGAAGAAGGAUUGAUAUAACAAGAGCGGCUGUCGAUGCGCAGCGCAAUUCCACUCACUCCAAGUCUUUGAACCAAGACAGAUAAAGGGGAGCGGGCUUUCCAUUCAUUGCGAGCGCAGGCAACUUUUCUUUCUUGAGUCCGUGGCGCGGGUCCGUUCACCAGAUAGUACUCAUAUAUUUUAACCUUUUUAUAGAGAAAUUGAAACACGAGACAACGUGUCAUCCGCAGAUUUUAAACUUUACGAGACCUCCGAGCUUUGCAUGACAUUUUUUUGAAGGACUUGAGACACUGACAGACUUUCUUCACCUACCGCGUGGUGUGGGAUUUUGAGCUGAAACGGGGACAUUCAAAUGCAAAAGUACAUGUAUGAGAAAGCAAUGGCCCAAGAGACAAGAAACGGAGGAACCUCUACAUUAAAUAACAACAAUGGUGUUGACAACAGCAAGAAGAAGCUGCUAAUAGCGCUCGACGUCUUCUGUCUUCUACUUGCUAGCCUGCCUUUCCUGAUCAUUGAGACUAGCACCAUAAAGCCGUACCAGCGCGGGUUUUACUGUUCGGACGAGUCCAUCCGCUUCCCCCGAAAAGAGGGAGACACCAUUAGCGAUGCCGUGCUUUGUGGUGUUGGCAUUCUUAUUGCCAUCUUCUCUAUUGUUAUUGGAGAAUGCUUCAGGAUUCACCAACUUCAUGAGGGAACCAAGUCUUUUGUCGGAAAUCCCUACGUCGCAGCCCUCUACAAGCAGAUGGGCGUGUUUCUCUUUGGAUGUGCCGUCAGCCAGUCAUUUACAGACAUUGCCAAGGUGUCAGUGGGCCGUAUGAGGCCACACUUCUUAGAUGUUUGUAAACCAGAUUUCUCCACCAUCGAUUGUUCUAUGGGAUACAUCACCAACUAUACCUGCACUGGUGACGAGAGCGAUGUACAGGAGGCCAGAAAAUCCUUCUUCUCAGGACAUGCCUCAUUUUCAAUGUUUACCAUGCUCUACCUGGCUUUCUAUCUCCAUUCAAGGUUUUCCUGGCGCGGCGCUCGUCUCCUCCGCCCCCUGCUGCAGUUCACCCUGUUGAUGAUGGCCUUUUACACCGGCCUGUCACGCGUCUCCGACCACAAGCACCACCCGACCGAUGUCCUGGCAGGCUUUGUGCAGGGAGCCCUGGUGGCCUACUGCAUAGUGUUCUACGUGUCAGACCUGUUUAAGCCCAGAGUGAAGCCCGCCACGCCUCCGCCCUCCCCCAUCAAGAAGGAGCUGCUCCAAUCGUCCGACAUCAUUGAGAGGAACAAUCACCACAACAUGGUGUGAGAGUGGCCGCGACUUCUUCCUGUUACUGAGGAGCCAAUCACAUCGCUGCUCUUCCCAUUGGACAGUAGAAUGUAGCGAUGAGAGACUGUAGCUGCUCCUCAAACGACACCCUCCUCCCUUUUGCAGUGUCCAGCAAGGCAAUUUGUGGAUAAGGGUGUCAGAUUUGAGAUUUGCACAGCAGAGUCCACUCUCACUAUCCAGACUCAUUAUUUACUAUUAUGUUAACUACUAAUCAACAUUUGAGCCCAUCGUUUUGAGCACAAACAGAAAAGAUUUGGAAGACUAAAAGACACAUUUAAUUGAGAAAUUGACAGGCAGAGCUGAGGGUGUGGAGGGUUGAUGGAAGUGUAACCACAUAAAGGGAAAACACUUUUGAAGAAUAACAAAUGAAGUAAAGACAAACAAAAAAUGACAAACCCCCUGCCUAGGGAGAGAGGGAUUUCCAGUGAUGCAUCCUCUCUGAACUCUCUGUGGCCUUGGAACGCCGUAUGACAACAACUUCCUUAACUAUGGGAAGGAUAUUACUGCAAUAACUAGCAGCAUAGAAAUAUUAACAGUAUAGAAAAAUAUAACUUAUAGCACUGUUUUUAAGUCCAUUGUCCAUUAUCACCACUUGCUGCCUGAGAUGUCUCACUGAGAAAAAGAACUUGAUGAUGCUGACGCACAUGAAACUGAGGAAUUGACUCCUAGAAUCCAACAGAGCCCGGCGUGGUGGUUUCACCAUGCUUAGCCAGGAUAGAGUUAGCAUAGCAAGGGUCAUAUAGCGAUCUUUUUAACAGGUUUCAAAGCAGUUAUUUGACUGCCUUUUAUCUUUCUGAUAAGCAAGACAUCCUUAUCUGAAUAAACUUUGUUUUAGCAUUAGGAACUGAAGCCCUCCAACACAACUGUCCCAAGAUCAGCACAUCAAGUUUUUUGUAGAGGACUCUUAGAGCGGCCCAAACCCGGGAUGUUGCAUUUCUUGAGAGUUAGAUGUAGUAAAGGGGGAAUAUUUUCUGUGGAAGGAGGGAGGCAGAUCUCACAGCCUCCCAGCACCUGUAAAAGAGGCGUGGCUGUGCCAUGCCACUUUCUGGUGUUGGGGCCAUCUGUUUGGCUUCCUUAACAGGAAGGGGAUGGGUGCAGAGUGAAGGGGUGCGGGCUGUCACCAAUGCGAAGAGGGUGAUGAAUUACAGCUAAACUGGCACAUUGUUUGGGAUGAUUUGGGCUCUUUCUGCUGGAAGGGAGGGGCUCUCACCCACCCAAUCACUCAUUGGCAAUGGAUGUUUGUCUCUCGAUGUGUGUGUGGGUAUGUGUGUGUCCUAUAGACUCUUGUGUUUGUGUGGGUGUGCUUGUACAUGUACAUCUUUUGUGUGUGAAUGUGUGUGUACAUAGGUAUGAGCGAUUUGCCCUGUGAAAACAAACCCCCUCAUGAUAAACUAAGUGUGUGUCAAAUGAAACACACACUGUCAGCUGUGCCAAGUGUGUGUCUGUGUGUGUGUCUGUGUGCAUGUGUUUGCCACUGUGUGUCAGAGAGCAGGUGAGCGUUCUAAAAACUGUGGAUCUAUUAUUUGUAUUCUCUGCUGAGAAGCAUCUUUAACCGUGUGUGUUUUUAGCAUGUCCUGUAUAAUCACUAACCGUUGUACAGUACACAUACAGAAACCCUUUUUAUUUACAGCCUACUCAGAUCCUCCUCCAACAACACACUCCGCCAUGUUGCACAUCUUUUUCAUCGUAUAGUCCGUCCUAUUAUUUCACAAAACCGUUUUCACUCUCUUUUUAUAAAUAUAUAAAUAAUGUAUAGAUCACUAAAAUUAACUGUAAGAUAUUGUUUCUUAACAUGUUUAGAUAUAUCCACUAUGAUUACAGACCUGUGUUAUUUACAAAAUGCUGCUUAAAAAGCAUCGAUUGACAGACUUUUGUAUCUAGAUAAUUAUCAACUAUUGUAGAUUGUAAUAGUUAUGUUUGUAAUAUGCAUUCAAAAAAUACACCCACAAUUGUAUUAAAAUUCAAUAUUAGUAUUUUUGUAUUGUCUCGUUUUUUGUACAAAGACAUAGUUGCAAUGCUGUUUUUCUGCUAAAUGUACUUAGCUCUAAUACAUGUGCUUUCAAAUAAAAAGCUCAAUAUGAACACAA